AUGGGAAACGACAUAACUCAUCUACAUGUUCCCAUCGCAGUGAAAAACAAAACGACAAAUGCGAUACCCGCAAAAGGUCCAUGUGAGUUUGAAAUUCCGAAACGCUACGACCCGGAUGAACGGAGAGACUCCAACCAUUCCGCCAACAAAAUCAACAUUCAUGAAAUAGACGCUGCUAUUUACUCUCAUCCCGACGUGAACGAACACAUGGCAGCGCCAGCUCCCGAUCCUCCCCCUCUUGGAACGUUAUUGUUCGAGCUCCGUUAUGAGAACUACGAAGCACAACUUAACGUCCACUUGAUCGCCGCGCGGAGGCUACCGGUCAGGCACUUGGUAACCGAGCCAGGAGUGGCUUCGCAUGGUGGUAUAAUCAAGUGCGAUCCCUUGGUAGAAGUCUGUUUACUGCCUGAAGAAAAACCUGUCGUCGAAAGUUACACUCAAUUUGGCGUUCAGGAUCCGCAAUUUGACGAACAUUUCUCGUUCAAGCUCACGUCCGGGGAGCUGAACGAGAAAACCUUACGGUUCACUGUUUAUGACUAUAAAAGGCGUCAUAAGCUUACCCCCAUAGGUCACGUGUUGUAUUCGCUCAAAGGACAGGAGCUAGAUGGCGCCAUGGUGAUAGAGAGGAAUCUGAAACUCAAUUCACAGGUAAACUGA